AACGUUCAGUUGCGCAUCACCUUAGCGGAUACAGCACAUUACAGGAAUACUUUAACAUGAAAACAUUAUUGAUAUUAGUUGUAUGUAUGUUGGGAUUUUCUGGGAUAGAAUGUAUGUGCAUCUUAAAUACUCUAGACGCAGAUGAGAAAGCCUGUGCUGACCCCUUAAAUUUAGAUGGAGACGCGAUCUUAAAUUUUUAUCAAACUAAUUCAGACAGUCCGAUUUUUGCCGACUAUAUAAAUUGCAUCUUUCCAAAAUGGAAUUUCGCCGCUAGUGAUGGAACGAUUUUGUUUGAUAAUAUCAUCGCGUCGGAUGAUCUACCUUGGUUUAUAGCACGCAUGUGCCAGGACGUCGUAAAUUUGAUUAUUAAAGAACGUGAAGAAUAUAGAAAGUCGGCAAUUUACUGUAAGAAACAUCCACCUGUCAUCGUAACUGCCGCUACUGUGAGAAAGUGCAUUGCAGACAAUUAUAAACCUGCCCAAUAGAAGACCCCUAACCAAAAUGAAUUAACUGUAAUAAAAAUAAGUCAUGCCAUUGAAUAGUGUUACGCAUAUCUGGGUUACAUGUUACAUCAAAUGUUAUAUUGUCACUACUCAUUGAUAG